UAGAGUAACGUUACCUCGUGGGUCGGCCAGAUCUUUUCGCCAGAGAUUCUCUAGAAAUCUCUCGCCUCCCCAUAAACAAAUCCAAAUCCCCAGAUUUUUGUGUCAAAAUCGAAUUGAAACUGCUCUGCGAAAGUGAGACACACACCCCACCCAGGAAGCUAAUCCACCAUUUCUCUCUCUCUGUGAGUGCCUCCACACACACAAAUCGGGCUCAAAGUUUUCAUUUUUCGUUAAUGGGUCCUUCCCCUUCGACCCCCUUUUCACCCAAUCUAGUCUCUCUGUUUGUGUGUUUCUCACUGUUAUUCUAACUGUUUGAUCGUUUCUUCUUAAUGGGUUUAAAGGAUUCGUUCGCAGCGUUUUGCCUGAUUGUUACUGCUCCUACGAGUUUUAACUGUAAAAUGUGAACUGUUCUGUUGUAAAAAUCUUGUCUUUUUGUGUAAAGCUUGUGUUCCAAAAGGUUCUGUCUUUUUCAAUUCCAAGUAUGCUCUUUUUUUUUCUUUUUUUUGCAGUUUGUUCCAUGACGGGUCAAGACGUCAAUGGGAUCGAGUUUCAUCUGCAGAGACACGGUCUCGUGAAGGAGCAAGUCCAGUUGGUUAAGAGAAGAGGAGACUCGGUUCGAUACGAGAUCGUUCCUAUUCAAGACCGGCUGUCAUUUGAGAAGGGCUUCCUUGCGGUUAUCCGUGCCUGCCAGUUGCUCUCUCAGAAGAACGAUGGGAUCGUCUUGGUUGGUGUCGCUGGUCCGUCUGGUGCUGGCAAGACGGUCUUCACCGAGAAGAUACUCAACUUCCUGCCUAGUGUUGCUGUCAUAUCGAUGGAUAACUAUAAUGACGCUAGUAGAAUCGUUGAUGGCAACUUUGACGAUCCACGGUUAACGGAUUAUGACACAUUGCUCAAGAAUCUUGAAGAUUUGAAGCAAGGGAAACAAGUUGAGGUUCCUAUAUAUGAUUUUAAGUCCAGCUCUCGUGUUGGAUACAGGACACUUGAUGUUCCAGCUUCUAGGAUUGUGAUCAUUGAAGGAAUCUAUGCGUUGAGUGAAAAACUGAGACCUUUGUUGGACCUUCGUGUGUCUGUUACUGGUGGAGUCCACUUUGAUCUUGUUAAACGGGUUCUUCGUGAUAUACAACGUGCAGGCCAGCAGCCGGAGGAGAUCAUCCAUCAGAUAUCUGAAACUGUGUAUCCGAUGUACAAGGCUUUUAUAGAGCCAGAUCUCCAGACUGCUCAAAUUAAGAUCAUUAACAAGUUCAACCCUUUCACUGGUUUUCAGAGCCCUACGUACAUCUUGAAGUCAAAAAAGGAUGUAUCAGUUGAUCAGAUCAAGGCGGUCCUUUCUGAAUCACAUACAGAGUCUAAGGAGGAGACUUAUGAUAUAUAUCUUCUUCCUCCGGGUGAAGAUCCAGAGUCGUGCCAGUCGUAUUUGAGGAUGAGGAAUAAAGAUGGAAAGUACAGCCUCAUGUUCGAGGAAUGGGUUACGGAUGCUCCUUUUGUCAUAUCCCCAAGGAUUAUUUUUGAAGUGAGCGUUCGUCUACUUGGUGGUCUCAUGGCAUUGGGAUACACAAUAGCAACCAUACUUAAAAGGAACAGCCAUGUGUUUGCUACUGAUAAGGUGAUUGUGAAAAUCGACUGGCUUGAGCAACUGAAUCGUCACUACAUGCAGGUGCAAGGUAAAGAACGGCAAAUUGUACAGAGCACUGCAGAGCAGCUAGGACUGGAAGGGUCGUUCAUUCCACGCACCUAUAUUGAACAGAUCCAACUAGAAAAGCUGAUAAAUGAAGUGAUGGCCUUGCCAGAUGAUUUGAAGAACAAGCUUAGUUUAGAUGAGGAUUUGGUGUCUAGUUCAAGCCCCAAGGAAGCGCUCUUACGAGCGUCUGCAGAUAGAGUAGCCUUGAGAAAUAAGAACCUCCAAAGAGGUAUGUCACAGUCGUAUUCGACUCAAAGAGAUAAGAACAUCUCAAAGCUUGCUGGUUUUUCUUCAAGCGAUAGGAGGUACGAAGAAAGAGUCCACGACUCACUAGCGAACGAGGGGUUUAUGACUCAGCUUUCAGAACAAAUAUCAACUCUCAAUGAGAGGAUGGAUGAGUUCACAAACCUGAUGGAAGAGCUAAACUCAAAGCUGAACUGCAAUAAAACCCCUCCAAUACAGCAGAGCAUGUCACUCCAAGCAGAAGUAUGCAAUGGCUCAGCACCAACUUCGUAUUUCAUUUCUGGUCUGGACAAUGGCUGUUUGACAAGUUCCAUAAUGCCUCAUUCAUCUUCAUCUUCCCAGUUAGCCAAGGAUUCGCCAUUAGUGCCAAUAAUUGAAGAGAUAUCGACCCUCUCACGUGGACAGCGUCAGAUGAUGCAUCAGAUGGAUAAUCUGAGCAGUUUGGUCAGAGGACAAUCGGCCGAACUGGCACGCCUAGCAAGAACAGGAAGCAGCAAUAGCAGCAGCAGCAGAUCAAGCAAAAGCUUCUUCUUAUCCAACGUGGAAUCCAGUAGCCUCCCUCUCGUGUUAACCUUGGCUCUUUGCAGCGUAGGAGUUGUAGUGAUCAAGAGCUACAUUAUUAACUAGCGGCAAUUACAUCAAUAACCAUUAUGGAUCUUCUCUCUUCUUUUUUUUUGGUUAUUUUUCUCACUGGAGGCGUUUUGUGAGAGCUUCCGUGGUUUGGUUUCUCUACGUAGACGAUGAGACUGAUUCGCUUCACCUAAGUUAGACAUUUGGAAUACAUUCUUGAUUAGCUCUAUAUUUAAUAAAAUUCAGUCAUUUUGCUCUU